AUGUUUCAUACAAGCACUAGUUAUUUCGAUUCGAACUUUGCCGAAGUUGCACUCGUUGCUAUGAUGAAAUAUAUUUUGUAUUUCACUCUGUUCACUGCUUUAGUAUCACUGUCACAUCAAUCAGCUCUUUUGCAAUCAUUAAAACGAUGCCGCCGCGAUACGACCUGUGUGCUUACACCUGAAGUUACGGAAGGUCCCUACUACUGGAACACAACACUCAUGAGACAAAACAUCUCAGAAGACCGGAACGGAAUUCCACUUCGUAUUCAAAUUCUGGUCAACGAUGUCAACACAUGUACACCUAUUGCUGAUGCUGCUGUCACCAUGUGGCACUGUGAUGCAGGUGGUAUCUACUCACAUUACAUCCAAGCCAGUCAAAACGUUCAAAAUCCGCAAAAAGAUAAUUCCACAUUCCUUCGAGGUAUCCUGCUGACCGAUGCGAAUGGUCUUGUGACAUUUGACACGAUCUAUCCAGGAUGGUACAUUGGCAGAUCAAUUCAUAUCCACGUGAAAGUGCAUCUUGGUGGAACUUAUUUGAAUGAAACGAGUUACUAUUCUGGUGCGAAGUAUGUUCAUACUGGUCAAUUAUUUUUCAAUGAUUCGUUCAGUGACCUGGUGAAUGAACAAACGCCGUACACCAAUCACACAGGUAGUCGCAUGUUGAAUAGUCAAGAUGAUAUCUAUGCAUCGACAAAUGGGUACACGUUGCUGAAUGUUCAAUAUAUGAAUUCAGACGAUGGCUUCAGUAGUGGUUUAUUCACUUCGAUAACUCUUGGUGUUACGUCACUUGACAGCGAAUCAACCACAUUAUCAUCAGUACCAACAACAACAACAGCAGCAGAACCAGAAAAGACUGAUACAACUUCAGAAACAGCAAGCGAAACAACUUUAGUGACCACCACCACCACUGCUACCAACACGGCACGUACAACAACUACUACUAAGCGUGGAAGACGUCCAAAUGGACACCCUCCAAGUAAUCAGCAACCAGGCCAUGAGCCAAAUCGCCCCAACCUUGAUUCUCAACACGGUUCACAAAACCAGCCACAACGUGGCCCAAAACAUGGGCCAAGCCGUCAUUGA